GAAAUGGCUACAAUAACAAGUAUCAAAAGGGCGAGACCUGCGAGCUCGCCAAAAGAAAACAAGAAAGUACUCCCUCGAAGCGACCACCUUCUCGUAUCCUCUACGAAGGGCAAGCAAAAAACAAAACAAUCCACAAAACCUCUCCCAACAUCCUUCAAAAUAGUCGCCGGAUCCUACGAAAGACUGCUGUAUGGCCUUGAUGGAUCUGUCUCGCUUAAUGAGACGAACGAUAGCUACAAGUUCGAGCUGCGACCAACCUUUCUAUUUCCUGCACACGUAUCGUGCAUCAAGGCCGUCGCUGCGUCUCCGAAUGGCGGGAAAUGGCUUGCUACGGGGAGCGCAGAUGAAGUCAUAAAGGUUUGGGAUUUGCGUAGGAAAAAGGAGAUCGGCGGGCUUUUGCACCAUGAAGGGUCUAUAACACAGCUUCAUUUCCCCUCCCGCUCGCAUCUUCUCUCAGCGUCCGAAGACGGUACAUUAUGCUUGUUUCACGCACGCGACUGGGUCGUACUUCGCUCCCUCAAAGGUCACAAGGGCCGAGUCAAUUCUAUGGCGGUACAUCCAUCAAAUAAAGUUGCGCUGAGCGUAGGCAAAGACAACACGCUGCGCAUGUGGGAUCUUAUGCGGGGGAAGGGGUCUGCUAGUACGAAGCUGGGAAAAGAGGGGGAAGUCGUGCGGUGGUCGCCGACAGGCUCGUCGUUCGUCGUGCAAUCUCAAAACACCAUCGAUGUAUUCACCGUUGACAUGGUUCUUCGCCACACAAUCACGCAUCCAUCCCGAAUACAUACAGUUCGAUUUAGUAACCGAGUCAACGGUUCCGGAGAAUUGUUACUUGUCGGUGCAGAAGACAAAAAAUUGUCGAUAUACGACAUUCCAGAUGACCCAGAAAUAUUGCCCACCGUCAUUGCAGAAAUGACUGGACACUCCAGUCGCGUAAAAGAAGUCGAGAUUCUUCCUCUCGCACUACCCCGAUCAACGAAGGCAAAUGCACCCCUCUCGACUAUCAUCCUGUGCACCGUCUCGUCUGACGGUAAAAUUCACGUUUACGACCUGGCUUCGCUGCCCGCCGACCAAAAAGCCGGAAGUGAAGUGCUGCAGAUAUCACCUGUGGCUGAGUACGAUACAAAAGGCACGCGGCUGACGUGCGUGACCAUCGCGGACGGCGAGGCUCUUGAGCAUGCCAAGAGUGUGAAUGGGAAGCGGAAGCGGGGGGAUGAAGACAGCGAACAGGAAGAUGAGGAUGAAGGAUGGGGAGCUCAUGAACGAGAAGCAGAAGAUGAUGAAAGUGGGUGAGGCCGAGGUUUGAUAGGUUCCUUGUUUAUCGUAUACGUAGCUGCUAUAAACUCAUCGAUGCUCGUCUUGUUUCAUUUUUUUUCAGUUCGUUACGGUGUUCCUACUAGCAUGAGAUCCAACCUCAUGUCACCACUCAUUCGGAGUAGCAUAGUGCCUACCGCCUUCGCGUGCAGUCCGAGUCGAGAUCAUGAUGUCCAGGUAUUGUCACCCUCAUCCAGCCAAUUUUUCCUCUUGAUUUCUGGUCUAAACAAUAUCUCACCCUGCUGAAUGUGUCUUGCCAGGUUU